CUCUCUCUCUCUGCUUUGUUCUUUUCUAAGCUGCAACCUCUUUCUCUUUCUCUUUCUCCCCUUUUGGGUGCAAAAAGACGAAUCAAGGUACGAGCCAAAACCCCAAAGUACUCCAUUCCGAUCUGGGCUGGUACCUGGCCGUUUCCGUGGCGUUGAAAUUAGGUUUUGCAAAGCCCACUUAGAGAGAGAGAGAGAGAGAGAGAGAGAGAGAGAUGUAUAAGAACCAGCUGCAAGAGCUGGCGCAGCGGAGCUGCUUCAACCUGCCGUCGUACACGUGCAUAAGGGAAGGUCCGGAUCACGCGCCGAGGUUCAAGGCGACCGUGAAUUUCAACGGCGAGGUCUUCGAGAGCCCUAGCUUCUGCACCACGCUGAGGCAGGCGGAGCACUCGGCGGCCGAGGUGGCCCUCACUUCGCUCUCCAGUCAGGGGCCCUCGCAUUCUCUCGCCGCGAGGAUACUGGAUGAGACAGGGGUCUACAAGAAUCUCCUGCAGGAGGUUUCGCAAAGGGUUGGGGCAGCUUUGCCGAUAUACACAACUUUCCGAUCGGGCCAUGGACACCUAACUGCCUUCAGUUGCACUGUAGAGUUGGCUGGGGUCAGAUUUACUGGCGAACCAGCCAAGAAUAAGAAACAAGCUGAAAAGAAUGCAGCUAUGGCAGCUUGGUCUUCUCUAAAACUAUUAGUGCAACAAUCUGAGGGUUCAUCAUCAGAUAAGGCAAAUAUUGACGAGCAGGAGCAUGUCACUGUGGCUCGUGCUCUGCAGAAUUUUCUCUGGAAGGCAAAGAUGUUGAACGUAUCACUCCCAAUUAAAUUUCCAGUACAGAACCCAAAGCCAUUAAGCACCACCCAACCCCCUCCUACCAGAACAUCGAAAAUCCUUCCCUUUAUAUUUCCCAAUACCGCCCCUCGUACCACCCGUGUAACUGCAACAGUUAAUGAGAAACCUAUAUUCCCUGCAGCCAGAGCAGCACCCUACAUUCCCGUCCGGCAUUUUAGGGCCCAUCAAGGAAUUGCGCCACCUGUGACUAUAAGGAAUGCGAUACCUGUGUUUUCUGCACCGCCGCUUCCUCCGCCUAGCCGGGCCCCACAGCUGCUGCAGGUUCCACCACCAGUACGUGUGGCCCCACCUGUCUGUAUAAAGCAGGCGGUGCCCGCUUUUUCUCCUCCAGUUUGUGUGGAGGAGCAACCUAUUUCCAUGGCAGCUUCCCAUACCCCAGCCACCACCAGCUCAUCCAUUAAGUUAGAGAAGAGGGAUAGUGCUGUUCAGGAUACGCAGCAGCUGGAAGCUGUAGUGGUAGAGCACAUGGAAGAGAUGAAGAUUUGAUGCAAGGCACUGAGGUUUUGAAUGGCGAGAAACUUUAUUGAGGUUUUGUUCUGGGUAAUGGAUCUUGCACUCCCUGUCCACACUCCUUUUUUGAUCUUUAUUCACAUGGAUCUACAAUAUUGUCCUUUUAUUUGUUCUCAUAUUCGCAUGUAAAAGGACAAGGUUGCAUAGUUUACUUGAAUGAAGACAAAAAGAAGAGAGUGCAUAUAGUAAAAGAGUUGGUGCGAAAAUUAAUUCCGCUCUUUUCUAAUAUGAUCAUAUUAUGGAUAUAUGUAAAUUUUUUGCAAGUAAGAGCUGUAGAUCUCUUCACUUUA